AUGGCUGGGCUCAAAGCACUAUGGGUGGCAGUGCUACUACUACUUUUGCAGGAGGCGUCCUCACAACUAAAUGUGUGUGGUCGGGCUCCUUUAAACUCCAAGAUCGUCGGAGGAGUGGAUGCUGCUCCGGGCACCUGGCCCUGGCAGGCUAGGUUGGAAGCUGUUGUUCUUUGUGGGGGGUCUUUGAUCAACAAUAUGUGGGUACUGACCGCUGCCCACUGCUUCCCCACAAAUGACACGAAAGGUGUCACGGUCUUCUUGGGCCAUCAGGACCAGGGGGGCAGCAACCCCAACGAGGUGUCCCGUACCGUCUCCAGGAUCCUCUGCCACCCCGAUUACAACAGUGUUACCAUAGACAACGACAUCUGCCUGGUCCAGCUCUCCUUGAGUGUCACGUUCACAGACUACAUCAUGCCCGUCUGCCUGGCUGCGGAGGGAAGCACCUUCAACAGCGGCAUCAUCAACUGGGUCACUGGCUGGGGCACCGCUUCGCUUGAAGGGUCACCCGCGGACAUCCUCCAGGGAGUGGACGUGCCAAUAGUGGGCAACAGGGAGUGUAACUGUAGCAAUGGGUUGGGCACAAUCACCAACAACAUGAUCUGCGCUGGAGUUCCAGCUGGAGGGAAGAGUGUGUGUCGGGGUGACUGUGGUGGUCCUCUGGUGAGCAGACAGGGUCCACAGUGGGUCCAGUCGGGAGUGGUGAGCUUUAGUAGAGGAUGUGCCCUGCCAAAUUUCCCUGCGGUAUAUGCCAGAGUGUCCAAAUAUCAGCCAUGGAUCCUCAGUAAGAUCACCACCAACCAGCCAGGCUUUGUCGACUUCCGCUCCGUGGGAACCGACAGCGACUCCACUUUCAACUGUGGCACCCAGACGUCUGGCCCCGGCACCACAGCCACCACCGCACCGUUGAAAUGUGGCAGUGCCCUCAUGAACACCCGUGACAGUGGGCAGGUGCAGUCUGCCGGCGUGUGGCCCUGGAUGGCUAGCUUGCAGAUCAACGGCGUGCACAUGUGUGGCGGUACCCUGGUGGCUGCGGACGCGGUCUUGAGCGACGCCUCCUGCUUCACCAUGCAGCCCAACGCCUCUUACUGGAGGGUGGAGUUGGGCCGUCGGAAUCUGAACGGCCCCAACUUUACCGUGACCUUGGCGGUGAGAUUCAUCGUCUUCAGCAAUCUCACCGGAGACAACAUCGCCGUUCUCACUCUGUCAAGCUCGCCGAGGCUCUCGGACUACAUCCAGCCCAUCUGUCUGGACAUGGGGAUGGGCAGCUUCCUGAACAACGCUGACUGUUGGAUGGCAGGCUGGGGUUUGGGCCAGGGAGGCGCUCAACAAACCCUGCAGGAGUUCAACACCAUGUUGGUGGUUUGUAGCAACGUAUCAUCACCCAGUGACUACAUUUGCACCGAAGCGCUGACUGUGAGACAGGGGGAUGCCGGCAGCCCCCUGAUGUGCAAGAGCGACAACUAUUGGACCCAAGUGGCUGUGCUUCCCAACGUCAUGGGCACCGGCAGCGCGGGAGCCCUGGUGCGGUCAGAAAGAGCCACCAACCGGUCCAUGUUCUCCGCCACAGCACGAUUUGAGUCGUUCCUGAGGACGACUCUGGGGAACCUCCUGUCGCCCCCCACCACUAAUCACGCCUCGGACGCACGCUUCCCCAUGGCCUUGUCCCACCUCCUUCUCCUCUCCUCCCUCUACCUCUUCUCCGCGCUGAUCUAGAGGCAGCAUGGCUUGGAAGGGUUCGACUCCGGUCUAUUUUCAUGUUGUAUGUAUCUCAGGGAGGGAAGUAUGUGUAGCCUGGCUAUUGCCAGACCAAGCUCAAUCGUAGAUUGCACGUUGGUCUUGGGAGACCAAGAUGAUCAUGACAAAUGAAUACCGCUGUGGAGGUUUUGGAAGUGUGAAUGCAAUCGAUAAAGUAUGAGGGUUAGUGCAUACACUUACGUUUUGUGGAGAAGAAACCAAAAAAGUUUGUUUUCCACAAAUAAGACAUAGUAUAACGUAAUUACAUUUGGGUACUUGCCGAUACAGUACCGAUAAGAGUACUUAAAGGACAAUUUCACCGGUGGAGAGACAUGAAUCUGUAUUGAAAGUGGGUCAUAUAUGUAGGCUAGUAGAAUAGUAACACGGACGGCUCUGGUACUUCCACAACAAGUAAAGACUCGUAGUGGGGGUUAACUCGGCCAGAGUCCUGCACGGGUUUGGGUACCCGACGUGUGACCCACACAAUUUCGAUGAAACGGGUGAAAAAGAUUACUGUGUCGGACACGGAUGCGGGUCGGGUCGGACGCCUGAACAGCGCGGGUUGGUCACGGGUUUUGUGAUUGCGAGCGAUGCUGGAUAUGCAGCACCGGAUUCUCCGGUGCUGGAUAUGUUAUCCAGGAGCGGAGGAGUCAACUAAAACCGUCCACUGUGGAUGAUGUGCUUUUUUUACACAGCAAUGUAAAGCACCACUGCAAACACCAUAGUGUAAUUCACUAGUGUUCCAUCCAAUGUUUUCCUUUGGGUGCGGGUCGGGCAUCGGUAUCAAUUUGUAGCAGGUCUGGUACGGUGAGGAAUGUAAUUCGUGGGUACGGGUGGGUGCGGGUUUGAUAAAUAACACCUUGUACUAGUGAGUGUAACAUAAUUCACCUACAGUAUUUUGUUAUGUGUUCUUUACACUGUGUUAGGCAUGUCGUUUACUGUCUUGGUGGUUCAGGGAUCGCUGUCAUGAGACGAGCGUCUCAUGACGUAGAUCCCGAUGCAGGAUAUGUUUAAUUGCAGCACGUUUUGAUUUCCUGUUUCUCUCUAACUAAAUAAACGAGUCACACAACUGUGUGCUCAACGUGCGA